CGCCAGGGGCGGGCGGGGGGCGGCGUCCUGGCCAUGGCCGGCCUGUCGGACCUGGAACUGCGGCGGGAGCUGCAGGCCCUGGGCUUCCAGCCAGGACCCAUCACCGACACCACCCGGGAUGUCUACCGCAACAAGCUGCGCCGCCUGCGGGGCGAGGCCCGGCUGCGCGACGAGGAGCGGCUGCGGGAGGAGGCCCGGCCGCGGGGCGAGGAGCGGUUACGGGAAGAGGCCCGGCUACGCGAGGAUGCGCCGCUGCGCGCCCGGCCCGCCGCGGCCUCUCCGCGGGCGGAGCCCUGGCUCUCCCAGCCGGCCUCGGGCUUGGCCUACGCGACCCCUGGGGCCUACGGUGAUAUCCGGCCCUCCGCGGCUUCCUGGGUAGGGAGCCGCGGCCUCGCCUAUCCUGCCCGCCCGGCGCAACUCAGGCGCCGCGCCUCGGUCCGGGGCAGCUCCGAGGAGGACGAGGACGCCCGGACGCCCGACAGGGCCACGCAGGGCCCGGGUCUCGCGGCCCGCCGCUGGUGGGCAGCGUCUCCCGCCCCGGCGCGGCUGCCUUCCUCCCUCCUCGGUCCCGACCCGCGCCCGGGCCUGCGGGCGACUCGAGCGGGCCCUGCUGGCGCGGCGCGGGCCCGGCCUGAGGUGGGGCGCCGGCUGGAGCGCUGGCUCUCUCGGCUUCUGCUCUGGGCCAGCCUAGGGCUACUGCUCGUCUUCCUGGGCAUCCUUUGGGUGAAGAUGGGCAAGCCCUCAGCGCCGCAGGAGGCGGAGGACAACAUAUUUGACAGUGUGGCUGGAGAAGUAAAGAUGGACAGACGGACCCCUCCCACCCACCCCUCCUUGCUGACCACUUGUCCCGUGCCUUUCCAGUUCUGUCAGGCCAAGCAGAAGGCAGCCUUGCUGGAGCUGCUGCAUGAACUCUACAAUUUCCUGGCCAUCCAAGCUGGUAAUUUUGAGUGUGGAAAUCCAGAGAAUCUAAAAAGCAAAUGCAUUCCUGUUAUGGAAGCCCAAGAAUAUAUAGCCAAUGUGACCAGCAGCUCCUCCGCCAAGUUUGAAGCCGCACUGACCUGGAUACUGAGCAGUAACAAGGACGUGGGCAUCUGGUUGAAAGGAGAAGACCAGUCUGAAUUGGUGACGACCGUGGACAAGGUGGUCUGCCUGGAAUCUGCCCACCCCCGCAUGGGUGUUGGCUGCCGCCUGAGCCGGGCCCUGCUCACUGCUGUCACCAACGUGCUCAUCUUCUUCUGGUGCUUGGCUUUUUUGUGGGGGCUCCUAAUUCUCCUAAAAUAUCGGUGGCGAAAGUUAGAGGAGGAGGAACAAGCCAUGUAUGAGAUGGUGAAGAAGAUUAUAGACGUGGUCCAGGACCAUUACGUGGACUGGGAGCAGGACAUGGAGCGCUAUCCAUAUGUAGGCAUCCUACAUGUGCGUGACAGCUUGAUCCCUCCACAGAGCCGGAGGCGCAUGAAGCGCGUCUGGGACCGAGCUGUGGAGUUCCUGGCCUCCAACGAAUCCCGGAUCCAGACGGAGUCCCACCGCGUUGCAGGAGAGGACAUGCUGGUGUGGAGAUGGACUAAGCCCUCUUCCUUCUCCGACUCAGAGCGAUAAGCCCCGGGCGGGGACUUGUUCCCGGUCAGCCUGUCCCAGGACAGCCCACUCCAGAGGCACAGGAGGGUGACCAGGCCUGCUGGUGCUGAAUUCACACUUGCCUUGACUUUCAGUCUCGUCCUGACACGAUUCCAAAGGUCUGCCAUACUCUUCAGAGGAGUUCGGCUCGCAGGAAAAUGUGGGCUUCCUUUAAAGGGAGGGGGAGAAGCCAGGGUGACAGCCCAGACUCUGCCCUGUUUUGCUGGCAGAAACGGGGAGAAGGGUUUAGUUUUCAUGAAUAGAAAACAAGAGCAGCAGCUGUCAGGCCCAGCCGACAAGCGUGGGGCUGGUGGGCUGGGGCAUGCCCACGCCAGGGAGUCUGUCACCUGGGAGGUGGGGCAGGGAUGGCGUUUCGGGUGGCGGGAUGGGGAGCAGCUUGGUCCAUGUGCCUUCAGGGGGGUGUUACCUGAGAGCUCAAGGGUGAAGGGAGAAAGCCUGUGCUCUGGCUGGCUGGGCCUCUAUUCUGAAGAGGGAAGGUGCUAGAAAUUAGAACAAGUGACUGUAGGGGGGACCGUCUAGAAACACCAGGCCCAGACACAGGGUCCCUCAGGUCAGGAGGAGUGAGCAGCCGGCACAGCCUCCUGGGAGGAUCCCGAAGUAGGAACGGGGGCUGAGAGCAGAGAGGAGGGUCGGGCAGCCCCAGGGCGGGCCCGCCUCAGUGUUGCUUCUCACAGAAGCUGCGACUCUAGACCAGGCCUGCAGCCAGAACGCCGAUUCCGGGAGCUUGGGAGCCCUGCGUCAGGGCCGAGAGCCUCGCACUUGCUGUGUGCGAAGAUCGCCUUGCUUUACUGUGACCACAGCCCCGACGCGGGGCUGUUUAACAAGAACUUCAGCGCAGCCGGCGUUUCUGUUACCCCGGCCGCGGCUCUUGGCGGCGGGAGAGGCGCAGUGGCCGCAGGCUGCCCCCUGCCGGCCACAAGGGAGCAGCGUCCGCGCCGCCGCCCACCGGCCCUCCCGCCAGCUCCUCAGCCUGCUCCCUGGGAGGCAGGCUCCAGAAGCACCCCGACGGGGGGCCUUAUUAAGUGCGAGAAGCCUCUCCAGCGAGUCUUCCCCGUGUGUCCUCAUCUGCGGCAGGCAGGAGAGUGGGAGCAAACAGGAAAUUCCACAGCUGCCUCCAGAAACAUUAACCACCCCUCUCUGGUCUUAUUGGUAUUUUUUGUUUCCUUAAUAAAGCUCCAGUCUCCCUCAUUUGAGCAAUACUCUCAUUUCCUGUGAUGUCUGGAUGAUCGGCAGGGCAGGAAUCUGAGCGCUGGCCCCGUGGUGAGGCCAUGUUCUCAUAAUCAGGCUCCAGCCAGAAAAAUAAGAAACACUGCAACAGGCUUCAGUAUCAGGGCUGAAACUGCUGGAUGAAUAAACUAUUUAUUAAAAACGGA